AUGGUCUGCCUGCGGAUGACGAUCCUCCAACUAUAUGGAUCCUCCCUGUGGGCUUUUUUUGAGACUGCUCCCACUCGCAGUGUCCGCCACUCAUUGCGUAGGCUAUGCCCGCGGUGCUCCGUUCCUGAUUUUCCAGUCCAUGCGGUGUGGCCGAUGGUUCCUUCCUUCCUCGGGGAUAAUGUCACUAAUUUUAAAAAGAGCACCCUCCCCCCCUGCGAUCACGAGGUGGUGAAGAGGGUGGUGCAUUGGGCAGUCGACCUACAUCAUGCCUUACGUGCUGCUGCGAGCAGGCACCAGCCGGCGCCUAUAUCGCCGUGGGGGGUCAAACCUGACUUUUGCUCCCAGGCUCUCCCUUCCCUCAUUUCUUUUUCCCGAGCAGGAGCCGUGAUGAUCGACUGGCGGAUCUCGCUCGGGAAGAAGGGGAGGAAAAAAAGUUUCUUGUGCAUCCUCGAUAAGAAGUACACAUUGGGAUUAUGAGAAUCAAGUAAUAAAUCAUUUAAUGAUAUUGGUUAUCGUGGAAUCCGCGGUCACGCAGUAUAGUUAGCACCAAUGUCUUCUCCUGACUUUUCUCUUGGAACCGAAAUUGAUUAACAGUUG